CAGUGGCUGCACUCAAUCUUUCGGUUUGGCACACCCUCCCAGUGCGGUGUCAGAUGAGAAUAUAUUAGCCAGCUGAUGUAGUGCACCUGCUAAACCUGGACAAUAAGCUUGAGAACCGCAGGAGUCACGGACAACUUAAGAAGAACAAUGAGUAACAUGGCAAGAGAGAUCCUGGCGUUUAUACUCACUACCUCGGGCUGGGUGCUGGUGUCCUCCACCUUACCUACAGACUACUGGAAGGUGUCUUCAAUCGAUGGCACUGUUAUCACAACAGCCACCUUCUGGUCCAACUUGUGGAAAACAUGUGUGACAGACUCUACUGGAGUCUCCAACUGCAAAGACUUCCCUUCGAUGCUGGCACUGGACGGUUAUAUCCAGGUGUGUCGGGGGCUGAUGAUCGCUGCUGUCUGUCUUGGUUUCUUUGGAGCGAUCUUUGCUCUGAUCGGCAUGAAGUGCACUAAGAUCGGUGGUCCCGACCAAACCAAAGCCAGAAUCGUCUGCAUGUCUGGGAUCACCUUCAUUUGUACUGGUCUGUGUUCUCUGAGCGCCUGCUCUCUGUACGCUCACAGGAUCACCUCAGAGUUUUUCGACCCCAUGUUUGUUGCGCAAAAGUAUGAGCUGGGCGCUGCGUUGUUCAUCGGCUGGGCCGGAUCCACGCUGUGUCUCCUCGGAGGAGCGCUCUUCUGCCUGUCGCUGUCUGACGGCAUGAGCAGCAACAGGUCGCCGCAUCCAUCGGACAGAAGAGCUUUCGUCAACAGCGGAGCAUCUUUAAUGUCUCGUGCGAUGCCACAGAGUCAGUCGGCACACACCCGGAGACCUCCGCCAGAAUACAGCAGCACUUCCCAACACUUCGACAAAAACGCCUACGUAUAGCACACACCGCCGUCUCAUUCACGCCUCCCUCUGAUGUGUGAUAUCUGGGUUUUGUUAGCUUAUUAAGUGCCUUUGGAUGGCCAGCUCAGAUGAUUGUACAGAUGCUCUAAUUGAAGAUUAUUAUUUGCAUUUUUGAAGACUCUGGCAUAUAUAAUGUGAUAUCAGCACUACAUUUAUGUUUACGCAGCGCUGCAUGAGAUUGUGUCAUCUGUUGAUAGUUGUGUUGUAUUCAUUUCUGGCAGUAUAUGGUGGCUGAUCAUGAUUUUGAGUAGGUUCAAAGCAGGCCGGACUGAAUUAUGUCAAAUGAAUUUCUAACAUUGAAGAUUGUGUAGCCUGUAUUGCCAAGUCUCAGUCAUUAUUGUGAUUAAGAAUAACAUAUUUUUUGUUGAUGUUUAAUAAAUAUUCCAUAUAA